UUCCGCCCAAGAAUGGGAUUGAGGACUUCUUUUCUCAUGAGAUGUACAAUUGCUACUCCAUGGCCCCAACCUUCUUGGAAUUAUGUGAGAUGGUCAGCAGGCAAACAGUGGAAAUCAGUGAGACACCUAGCCCCCUUGAAGUCCAACAACCACCCAAGACCAGCCUCAAACUCGAAUCUACUGCGUCAGCAUCAGCCAAUAAGACCAGCAAAGGUUCAGCAGCCAUUUUCCCUCUCCCGGAGCCCAGAGUGCCUUAUCCCCGCUUCUCUGCCCUAACCGAGAGGGAUCAAAGGAACUACGUGCAAUUCAUGCAGAAAUUCAAAAAUAUGCAGUGGGCAACGAGGUUGCAAGGGAAAGUGUACGGACAUCUGGCACAGUAUUCUGAGCUGAAGAAUACCGUCUGGAGUGAGAUGCCAGAUUUCAUGAAACAUCUGCAGAAUGUGGCAAGGAUGUGUGCAGAGGAUUAUGAUGUCAUCAGUCACGAUGCUGCCCGUUACACUGAGGAGGUUUUGCAAGUGUGGAAUGAAAGUCUGAAGAAAUAUCCAGAACUUUAUACUGUCAAUGAAAUUACCAGCAUCAUGGGAGGGAAAUUCAUCCCAGAUCUCACCCUCCAACUGGAGAAGAAGCUUCUGUGCCUGGGCCGAGCUCUGUAUUUGCGGGUCCCAACCAUUGCUUCAUCAAAUCAGCUAACCACAGAUUAUAAAACCAUCACCUCGUUUACUCCACCCUCGGCCGUCAGGGCAUCUGCCUUCGAGUCUGAUAUCAGCUGCGAUGUGAAUGCAGAGAAGCUGAGUGUGAAGUAUGGAGCAAAAGUGUCUCUGACCAGCCGGGCAUUGUUUACCCUGUUGAAUAAUUGUGGGCCAAACUAUACAGAACCGUGGGAGAUUCCUGUACAUGUGAAAACCAUCUGUGGCGAAGGAAAUAAAAUGGAGAAAGUUGUCUUCAUUGACUCGCCUCUGCCCAAGAAAGAACUUACUGUGAGAGAGAAGAACUUGCUUUUUUAUGAAGUUCCUUUAGACUUAUUGAUGUCCAAAAAAAAUUACACAGCAGUGUCAAAUUUGACAUUAGACAAACCACAAAGCAGCAGCACAUCAGAAGAGAACGUAUUCCAUUCCCGGGAGCACCAGAGAAGUGUCAAUGCCUGUGGAAGCAGUGACCUGGAUUUCAAUGCCGACUUUACCCAAUUGGAGACAUUUGGGACAAUUUCUUCAGGACUGACAAAAAAACCUCUCCUGAAAGAUGAUGCCCCCAGGGCUUGUAAACAUGCCUUGAGGACCAAAGCUUCCAAAAGUGCUCCUGUAACAGGGGACACUAAAGACCAGGAUCUUACCAAGACAAAAUCACCUUCUGUGCUUGUGACCAAAAAAAAAAUUCAGGAAAAUCAGCUUCUCUCCUCACACUCCUGUCCAAACAGUGGCAGAGAGUCAAAUGCAUUGGAAACCACUGAUUGCAGAAGGCUCUCCAUCUCAGAUCAACAGAAAGGUGAUCCAAAGAAAGAGAUAAGAGUUGAAGGAGACAGUGAGACCUUGGCCAAUGAUGGUACAGAUGAAAUGGCUGGUUUUAAAGGGUUGGAAUCUGAUAGUGAUUCGGAGGAAGAUCAACUGGUCAUUGAUACAAACUUUCCAGCUAGCAAUGAUGGUUGUCAUCCUGUGGAAGCUGCUGCAAGUAAUGUGGCACCUAUCCUAGAGAAGCUUGAUCGUCAAGGUCCGGAAGAAAUCAUUCCAGAUACGCCUCGGUCGCCCUCUCCUGACCAGAAUGCACCCACCAGCAAGAAGCUAAAGUCCACGGGCCUGGUGCGGAAAAGGAUGGCCUCCAAAACCCUCUUGAAGGAAUUUGAUCCGGUUGGGCAGAUUCUGAGAAUGCAAUGUAAGCUCUUAAAGUCCAACCCCAAGAAGCCAGUUGACCAGCCACAAGCAACACAAGAAUCUAGCUCGUUGUGCCAUAACCCACAUGGACAACCACCACUCGAUUGGAAUCCUAUCACCAUUCCUGACUCCCAGACUUCUGCCUUUGGGAAUGUUCCCAGUUUCUUGGAAAAGACAGCCCAGAACACAAGGACACAUCUCUUGUCAGAGGAGCUCCUGAAUUGUGAUGAAUCGGCAUCUGAUUACACAGCGCCAUCAUCUGGGAACGUCACCUACAAACUCUUCAGUUUAUCUGACCUUCUCUUACUUGUGCGUGGAAGUAUACACAAAACACAGAUCAGGCCACGCUCGAACAAAGGAGCGGGAAAGAAGCACGUCCCAGUUUAUGUGCUGCCUAAACUGGAAUAUCAGUCGAUGUAUGGAAUAGAAGCCUUUACUGAAAGUGAAAUUUGUCAGUUAUGGACUGAAAGUCUCAUCAACUCAAACUCUUGGUUUUACAUUGGUCACAUUGAUGUCUUUACAUCAAAGUUGAUUUUGAUUGACCAGUUUCCAGCAGCAUCAAUAAUGCAAAAACUUGGAUCUUUCAACCCUGUAAAUUCAUUAAACCUCCUUCACCACGUACUGAGAAAAGUCACAAGUUUGCCAGAGGACAGGUACCUGCUGAGUCACUCCUCAGGAGACUCGUCCAUCACCAUUUAUCGCACCUCUCAUGGAGGGAAGUUCACCAGAGCAGCCUACAACCUUCAUGCUGCACACAGCACGCUCCCUACGAUCCCAUCCACCCUCUCAGUGCCAUGGGUGCCCCUGGAUCCCAAUGUCCUGCUUCCUUAUCAUAUCCACCACGGCAGAGCUCCCUGUACCUUCCCUCCCAGGCCUGUGGACAACCUCCAGAACCAAAAGAUGGGUGUGGCAAAAUCAAAGAGAGACAUUCUUGCCCAAGGAGAGGCAGUUACCACGGAAAUGAAAAGUCAUCCCCCACCAGGGCAGCACAGUGAAAAGCAAGAUCUUACAACAAACAAAAAAAAGAAUAAAAGGAAGAGGCAGGGUCGAGGGAAGAGGUGGAGAGAGAAGCUGAAAGCACGGAAAGCACAAGGCAAGCAGGGGCAGUGAAUGUGCAGAGUGAGUCAGAGCUGGGCUGUGUGUUCAUCACUCUGGACACAGCCCACAGCCCUUCCUGUUCCAAAACACAUAACAGAAGCCACGCCUUAAGUGAGCCCUCUCGUGGAAAGAAUGUGAUCUAACACACAGAAUCCCACGGUGAAUGUCGACACGUUCCAGCAGCAGAUUCUCCUCAUUGUGAGGAAACUAGAAAAUGACGUGCUAGUUCUGCAGGCGGCUUCAUGUGCCUUGUAUCACAACCCCGUUGGAGAGGAUCAACAGACUGACUGAAGGCUGCCACCUUUUAUCACAUAAAUAAAAGGUUAAAGUUCUCAUUGUUCCCUGAUCUUCAGUGGGGCACAACAUAAAGUUUGAAAGUAUUGCCUUUUGCUAACCGCUGUUCACUUUUAAAGAGAUUUAUUUUUAGCUGUGUAUUUAAUGAAAAUGACUCACUGGUCAUUCAGUCUGACCUCAUUUCAGAGGCAAAUUUCAAGUCAUUGCACAACCCAUCAUACACGUGGAUAGAGACUGCUCAGCACAUUGAAUGGUGUUAAUUUUAUA